CUUCAACUCCGGUCUAAAUAAUAUCCGUAAAACGGGGUCCGAGCUUCUGUUAGGCAAGCUUGGGAGGUACCUGGCCUUGGCAUUUGGCCUAAGGUCAUAGCUUCGUUGCUUCCCCAAGGCUCCAACCUGGCGCGUCAGAGCUUCUAGGGCUAAUAGCAGGGCUGAACUUGCUGAACUUGUUCCAUUCAACCUCACUCCUUCAACUUUACCGAUCACCUCUACCGACCUUCGCCAAAAAGAAAAGGCCGCAAUUCGAUUUUCUACAAUCAAUACCAGCUAUUGGAUUCGCGUACAGGUUCACACCGACAAUAUUGCCACCAGGUUCCAUCACUAACAAUCCUUCACCAUGUCGGGAGGUAGCGCGGGCUUUGACCGACAUAUCACCAUCUUCUCCGAGCAAGGAAGACUCUACCAAGUCGAAUAUGCAUUCAAGGCGAUUACCGCUGCCAAUAUAAUGGCAAUUGGGGUCCGAGGCAAGGAUUGCGCCGUAGUCCUUUCCCAGAAGAAGGUUCCUGACAAGUUGAUCGAUCCUUCUUCCGUUUCCCACAUCUUCCAGAUUUCACCGUCCGUUGGUUGUGUUAUGACCGGGUCUAUCGCAGACGCUCGGGCGUUUGCUCAGCGCGCCCAGGGCGAGGCUGCGGAGUUCCGGUACAACUACGGAUACGAGAUGCCAUGCGAUGCCCUUGCUAAGAGGCUGGCCAACAUUAGCCAGGUCUACACUCAGAAGGCGUACAUGCGUCCUUACGGCGUGGCGACGACGCUUAUAUCAUUAGACUCGGAAUUCGGCCCACAGCUCUACAAGUGUGAUCCGGCAGGCUACUACGUGGGGUACAAAGGAACUGCCGCGGGCCCGAAACAGCAAGAGGCGCUUAAUCACUUAGAGAAGAAGCUCAAGAACAAGGAUCAUGCAGAAGGCACAUGGGAAGACGUUGUGGAGUUGGCCAUUACUACGUUGAGCACGGUUCUUAGCAUGGAUUUUAAGAAGGGCGAGAUUGAGAUCGGAAUCGUUGGAGGCCCCCGAGCGGACGGUAAGGAGGGGACAGAUCCCUUCUUUAGAACAUUGACGGAAGAAGAGAUCGAUGAACGAUUACAGGCCAUCGCCGAGAAAGAUUAGCGAAGCGAGGCGGCUGUGGCGUAAGGCUGGUUCUUGAUCAGCAUAGCUGAUUCGUUUAAUGCUGACCAUAGCAACACAUUGGGCUCCAUUGUUUCCAUUGUGGAAACGUGGGUUCUGUCGUACCCAUGUCUCUCUGCGCGUGUCACUAGUUUAGAUCCUUCAUGAAACGGGACAUUUGAUCAUCAUU